UACACUGAACCAAGUAUAUCAGCUAAAAACACGAAAACACAAUAAUUGUCAGAUAUAACUAAUUCGGCAGAAUGACGACUGCUCAUAGACCUCAAAUUGAUCCCGCAAGGGGAAGGAGCGAAAUGGCUCCUACACGGAUUACAGCCAGUCGUGCCCUUCCCGCUCAUUUGAAGCUGAAAUAUCGACAAGCCUCCCAGGGAACUGAAAACGAAAUUCAAAAACGCGAUCUUCGUGCAGAUUUGCUGGAGGCAGAAGCAAGACAUUAUGCCAAAAUCGGAAAACCAAACCCUAAUAUCCUCAAGAACAAAACACUAAAGGCAAUUGAAGGCGUUAAAGAUGAAACGAUUUCCACAACGAAGCUCAGUAAGUUUGCUGAAAUUUUAGAAAGCACUCGUGAGAUCGACGCCGACACAGACAGCAGUGAUUCUGAGUCAGAGAAUGAAAUCGAAGCAAAAAGUCCUUCACAGAAAACACAGCACGUUUCGGAUUCUUCCUCCAGUGACGACUCUGAAGAUGACGACGAUGACGACGAGGAUGAAGAAGAGCAGCUUUUGCGUGAACUAGAGCGAAUUAAGGAAGAACGUCGUCAGGAACAAGCCCGUCAAGAGGCUUCAGCGCAAGAAGAACAGCAGAAAAAAAGAGAACGAGAGAUGCUUAUGAGCAACUCUUUGCUAAGCAAACCAGCUGGUGAGUCUUUUGCCGUAAAGCGUCGUUGGGACGAGGAUGUCAUAUUCCGGAAUACACACAAGGGAGUAGACGAAAAACGUCCAAAGGAGUUUGUCAACGACAUGCUCCGAAGCGACUUUCACAAAAAGUUCAUGGCUCGUUUCGUACGCUGAAUAGUGUUUUUUCGAAACGACCCGAAAGCUGAUUCACCAUUUCCCAUAUGCUGAAACCCAAAACUACACUGCUCCUUACCCAUGUUAUCUAAUAGGUUAUGAUAUUUUUUUAUUUUGUUGGUCUGUAACUAUGAAGCACAUACACGAAUUCAUCCAACCAGUCCAUACCCAUAGCCAUUCCGUAUUCCCCACACCUCUG